GCAUUUGGCGCUUUUGGGCAGAUUACGGAUAUCUAGGGCUUCGAGAGGUGUCGGACUCGCUGGAGCUAAAGGACAAGGGCGGUUUUUUGGGUGUCGGGAUGGAAAUGGAAUGGGUCCUGGCGUGUGGAUUAUUGGGUCGCCCGGAAAGAUUAUACCCCAUUUUCCCUUGGUUUCUUCCUCGUGUUAUAUACUUCCUUUUAUCUUGUCCUGCAUUUGCGCGGUGUGUUUUUUUGGGCGGGACUCUUUAUUUAUCUAUCGGGUCCUUUACGUACGAUGAAAUUUUACAAGUGUUGUUCUAUAUAUUGAAUCUGGAUUCUCGAUUUUGCGCGAACUUUGCUUAAUCGUCUGGACUGUCAGGAAUGGAAGAAGAUAAGAGACCGAAAGAGUCCUCUCGACCUUGCUUGAAUUUAUCUCUGAUCGACAAAAGAACUCGAUCCCCGAGCCCGAAAUACUACUUCGACUUAUCACCGC